UUUAAAGGUUAGAGAUUUGAGCUCAGUUGUGAAAUAAAUACUGAAAUACAGUGAAACUACGGUUCAUUUAGCCUAGCCUAGCUUAGCUUAGCUUAGCAAUGCAAACAAGCGGUUGUGGAUCUGAGGCUGCGACUUCUUUAAACUACUCCAAUAAAAUAAAAAAUAAAAAACACUUUCUGUAUAUUAAAUAUCUCUAAAGUAAACAUUCCAGCCGCGAUAUCAUUCAUUAUUUACAAAUAUCGAUGCUACUUUAGCUCGCUAAUACUGUUUCCGAUAUAUCAGAGUGUGUUCAUAUUAAGUUUAUUUUGUUAAAAAUAAUUAUAAGCACACAUCAUGUCUGUGACGAUUUUAUGAACGUUUUAAUCUCCAUAAACUUUAUAAAUUAUAGUCAGAGCAGCCAUUUUAGGUGAUUAUCCGUGAUUGAGAUGCGGGAGGUAUGAGGAAGUCUCGGGCCGCGUCCCAAACGGCGCCAUGUUGGAAGUGAAGCGCACUACGUAGGGCUUACAGGAGGCCUGAAGUAGUGCACUAGUGUAGGGAUCAGCUGGUGAUUUGGGAUACAGCCCGAGUCUUGUUUAGCGUAUAGCCUGAGCCGUGUGUUGAUGGUGACGUGUAGAAGCAGCAUAAGGGACUUAAAGCAAAUAAAACAAAACACAAAAUUAAAAUUAUUCCUUUGUUUCAGGUAUUUUUGGCGAUCAAUCAGUCGAUGUCCAGAAUCCUAAUGAUUCCUGACUCUGCCAUGACACAGUGAUAUUUAAUGGACUGCUCUAAACACCAUUAAAUUAGAGAAUUAUAUUAAAACCUAGUGUGUGUAGUGUGUGUGUAGUGUGUGUGUGUGUUAGAACAUCGUACAGCAGUGUAAGCAUGGUGGAUAACCGCUACGCCACGGCGUUGGUGAUCGGCUCUGUGCUGAGCCUGUUGGCCAGCGUGUACCUCUCUGUGGCGGUCGGUACUCAGCACUGGUACCAGUACCGCAGUCCGCCGCCUAGCAACGACGCCAACAACGGCUCGGACCUGCGGGAGCUGCGGGAACAGUUCGGGAGCGAGGACGUGCCCGAGACGCAGUACAGUCAGGCUCUGUUCCGCCUCAACGGCUCUCUGGGGCUGUGGUGGCGCUGCAUCGUCAUAUCUCAGCAGGACUCUAAGACGCUGUCCCAGUGCGAGGCCUUCACUUUACCUCAGCAGUUCGAAAUCAAGUACAAACUCCUGAAUGCCAGCGGUGAAGAGGAUUUCCUGCGCACGUCUCUGUGGCGAUGUCGCUUCAUCUUCCCGCUGCUGUCUCUCGGCCUGGUGUUCCUGGCGGCGCUGGUCGGAGUGUGUGCGUGUCUCUGCCGCAGCCUCACACCCACCCUGUUCGUCGGGUUACUGCACCUGCUGGCAGGUCUGUGCUCUCUGGCGACGGUGUGCUGCUUCCUGGCAGGAAUGGACCUGCUGCACCGAGAGUUGGAGUUGCCUGAGGGCGUCGUCUCGUCUCUGGGCUGGUCGCUGUACCUGGCCCUGGUCUCCUCCCCGCUGCAGAUGAUGGCAGCUGCUCUGUUCAUGUGGGCCGCCAGGAGCCACCGCAAGAACUACACUCGCAUGACUGCUUACAGGGUCGCGUAAUCCACACAGUGUUACACCACGACCAGAGAACCGUAACGCAGAGUCAGCCUACAUCUGAGAAUCAAACACAUCACAUACACAGCUCACCUGAGGACUCACCUGAGGACUCACCUGAGGAGUUGUUUUAGGGAUCACAUAAAGUGUAACCUGAGGAAUCACCUAAGGAAUCUCUCAUUGAGUCAUCAGAGGAGUAACCUGAGGAAACACCUGAGGAGUCACCAAGGGAAUCAUUAGGGGAGUUGGGAGGGGGACCUGACGAGUCACUUUAGUGACUAAUUACUGAGGAUUUAUAACGUGUUAUAAGCUACUCAUUACUGCCUUAUUCACCACUAAACACCGGCUUACAGCAGAGUCCAAAUGUCUGAGUGAACAGCUUCCCCAAUACCACUACACCAUCCUGCAGAAUAUCCAUCAAAAAUAACUUACUGAACAUCAUCUGCUCAUAAAUAUCAUAACAAUAUUCAAAUGUAUUCCUAUAAACAUCUACCGAAGUGUGUUUUUAAACCUGUAAUGUUUCUAUAAUUUUCAGGACAAAGCGCAAAACCUGGGAUUCGUGAUAUCGUUUCAUCUUUUCGAGUCUCUGUGGACGUUUUUCAGGCCCUGAAAGUAAGCACUGCCCCUCGGCGUCGCUCACAGAGCUGAUAUAUGUAGAGUUCCUCGCAGACUCCUGUGAAGCGCUCAUGAAAUAAAACGAGCGUUUAUUAUAAGCUUUUAAUUCUUAACAUAAAUAAAAUUGUUAGAGAUUUUUGGUGAAAAGUGUGUAGGCUAGAAGAAAGUCAAAGUAGAUUUCAGGGUUUUGUGGGUUUUUUUUUUUUUGCGAGUCUGUUUAAUAUAAACAGCUCCUCAAGUGAAGGAAUAAUGUUCGAUUAUAAUUGUGGGCGUGGCACAUCACAGGAACUGAUCUGAUUGGUCACCACUAAGUGAUAUUAGCAUCUCAUUCGCAUUGAAUAGAUUUUAUUUUGCUCUGUAUGUGGCGUCUUCCCAAUCCUUCAUACAUCUUUAAAAAAAAAAAAAAACAAAUAAUAUUUUUUAUUGUUAUAGAUAAUGUUUUUCCUCGUAUAUUACCACAGUGAUAAAAAGUUUUGGCACUGCGUGGUUUCCAGUAAUGACCGAGACGAUUAAUAAUUUAUUCGCAUAUUCGUAUAUUAUUCCCCGUGAGCUACAGCUGACUGAUUCUUUUUAUGCCCUGAUUUUAUUUUUAAUUGUGUGAUUUUAGAAAUUAACUUGAAAGCGAGUUUAAAAUGGACUGCAGUUGGGGAAAAAAAAAAAAAAGUCCAGUAGCCGUAUUAGGAUAAAUAUAAAUUUCUUGUGUUCAUUGUGAAGCUGUUAAAAAUGUAACCCAGUUAGUUUUGUCCACUUUAUUACUGUGUAUUCAAUAAAGUUUGUCAUUUCUUUGUAAAUACGUCUGAAUACAAAUAGCAUAAAUACUUUGGAAUGCAGUUAUUUAAGAGGUGCAUUAACCACUGAAGCCUUUUAAUAAUUUUGUUUUUCUUUCUCACGGUCUGGAUUGUGGUCUUCAUUACACUGUUUUGUUUCAAUUCUUUAAAUCUCAUAUUGGAAUGUUUUUUUUUUUUCAUAAUCACUUCCAAUCUGUAUCCUUUCUGUUGUGUGUAUAUUUAUAUAUUUAUAGAUCCAUUGGAAUUAUUUUUUUUUUGGUUAGCAUCAUGUGCCUCAUGACUAAAUUUUGCUAAAACGUUUGUAAAUUUUCUCUUAAACCGUAUGCAAUACGUUAACGCUGAGUUUAAACAGAUACCUCGCGGUCAGGAGGAGACACCAGGACAGUCCACUGUGACUCUGUAAUUCUGUCCAGAUUACUUUUCGGUUUUUAUACGUGUUUUUAUAUUCCUACAUUUUAGAUGAGUGAUCACAAUAAACGUCUUUCCAAGUGGAA